GGCCCGCCGGGCGAUGCCGUGCCGGGCCCGGGGCCGCCGCCGGGGCCCCGUCGCCACCGCCGCGCUGCCCGGGGAGCCGUCCGAGGAUGGUUCCCCCACCACCUGUCAGCAAGCCCCAUGUGUGCAUCUCCACUGUGCUCAUCAUGACCAGCCUUGUCCUCAUGGAUGCCUACCUGGUGGAGCAGAGCCAGGGAUCCAGGAAGCUGGGCAUCUCCAUCAUGGUGGCAGUGGGUGACAUGUGCUUCCUGCUGGUGCUGCGCUACAUGGCCAUGUGGGUCGGAGCAGAGGUAAAGACAGCUAAGCGGGGCUAUGCCAUGAUCCUCUGGUUCCUCUACGUCUUUGUUCUGGAGAUCAAAGUCUACUUUGUAUACCAGAACUAUAAAGCUGACCGAAAAAGCCUGGAUCUCAUAGCCCGCAAAGCGCUGACCUUGCUGCUGUCCAUCUGCAUCCCAGCCCUCUACGUGUUGUUGGUGGCCACAGAGCACAUGGAGUAUGUCAGGACAUUCAAGAAGAAAGAAGAUCUCCGCAACCGCCUCUUCUGGGUCAUUGUGGACAUGCUGGAUGUGCUGGACAUCCAGGCCAACCUGUGGGAGCCCCAGAAGAAGGGGCUGCCACUUUGGGCUGAGGGCAUCAUGUUCUUCUACUGCUAUAUCUUGCUCCUGGUCCUCCCUUGCGUGUCCCUCUGUGAGAUCAGCAUGCAAGGGAUCAGCAUCAUGCCGCACCGCAUGAUGCUGUACCCCAUGCUGAGCAUGUUAACUGUCAACAUCACCACCAUCUUCAUUCGAGGCAGCAACAUGGUCUUCUUCCGGGAUGCCCGGGUCUCCAGCAUCUUCAUGGGCAAGAACAUGCUGGCCAUUGGGCUGAAGGUCUGUAUGUUUGUGCAGUACCAGCGGCACCAGAACCACGCACCCCUGGGGCUGGACCUGGCCCUGCAGCACAGCACCCAGGCCCAGCCCUCCUCAGGACUGCACAAGUCCCGGAACCAGCCUGCCUGUCUUGAGAAGCUAGCCCAGGACAACACAUGAUAAGUCAGCAGGAGCCAGACUGGGCACCACCAUGCCUGGCUGAACCUGCAAACAUGAGGUGGGCUGCUGAGCUCCUCACCUGGACAAAGACAAUGAUCUGACUCUCUCCCUCCCUGAGCAAAGCUGCUGUGGUCCCCAGGGGUCGCAUGGUAAGGGCCCCCCUGUAGCUGCCUCCAUAAGGCUGCAGAGCAGUUUGGGACCUUGGCACCCCACCGAGAUGGGCAGCAGAGUGGAGGAGGCCAGGCUUGCCUACCACACGCUGUAUCUUACGGAGCCCGGGCAGCCUGAGCCUGUGCAGGGCUUCCCCCAUCAGUGCUCCCCAUGCAGCACUGCCUGAUGGCCAGCCAGGGCUCGGGCCAGAGGGCUGCAGAGGGACACUGCAGGUCACCCGCUCCACUGUUGGGGGCCCUGGCUCCAGCUCAGUGCUUGGCAGCCACCUCCUCCCCAGCUGCAUAAGCCAGGGUCCCUAUGCUGGAGGAGCUAGGCAAGGGCCUCCCCCUGCCAGUCAGCCCUCUCAGCCAGCUGCAGGCACGGGGGGCUCAGAGGGGUUGACUC